AAAAAAGGAAAAAAACAAAAAAGAAAAAAACAUAGAUUAAUAGUUGCAGAAAUUCCAUAGUUUCUGGAAAAAUAAGGGAAAAAGAUAAAAAAAAAUAAAAUUGAAAAUUAAUUUUCUUCAUGAAGUGGAUAGAAGAUUUUGCGGGAUUUCUUUAAUUGCUUAAUUAAAUUCGGUUUAAUUUUAAUUUAAUUUAAUUAUGCUCAUGGUUGAAUGUGAAUGGAGGAAUAAAUAACAUUAAAAAGAAGGAAAUUAAGGGUAUAUUAAACCAUCAUCAUUAACCAUGAUGUUCUUUCCAGUUGUAGUUGUUUCUUCCGGGGAGAGGGAGAAUUAUCGCCGGUCACAGAAAGGUAAAGAAUUAGCUAAGGAAGUUGAUUCAAUGGCUGAAACCGAAGCUUCCAGCAGCAAACCAUGGAGAUCACUCUCUAUGCCAUCUUCGGAAGAUGUUGCAAGAGCUGUUAAUGCUGCAUCUACAACGGUUAGCUCACCGCGACCAUCAGUAGUAUUCUCUUCAAAUGAUGAUGAGUGCGAUUCCCCAUUAAAGAGAAUACAAAAUCAGGUAUCAAAGGUGCUAAAAGGCUUUUCACAAUCUUUUGAGAAAAAAAGUCCCACUUACAACCCAGAAGUGUUGACCAAACAAAAGCGUCAGUGGGCCAGCUUUCAGUUAGAGUAUUUGGAUCACCGCACUUUUAAAGAGCCAUCAAAAAUUUUCGAAAGUAUGGUAGUUGUUGGACUUCCUCCUAAUUUCGAUUCUCAUGCCCUAAGACAACGAUUAAUUGCUAGGAAGUCUGAAGGUUCAGGGAAAUUUCGAAUUGCUUUAAGUGGUCAUUAUAAUUCUCGUGUAGAGCCCGACUUUGAUCCCCAGGUUCUAUUUGUUUAUCCUCCAGAAAAACAGCUGCCACUCAGUUGCAGAGAUCUCUUGUCAUUUUGCUUCCCAGGUGGCGUCGAGGUUCAUGCUAUUGAAAAAAGCUCUUCAAUGAGCGAGUUAAAUGAGAUCCUUCUGGGACAGGAACAUCUUAAACAGAGUGAGCUGUCUUAUGUGUUUCGUUUGCAGCAGGGUGCUGAUAAUUCAACUUUGUAUGGAUGCUGUAUUUUGAUGGAAGAACUUGUGGAUAAACCUUCCCGGUUAAUUUCUUUCAUUUCUGACAACCAACCUGUCAGCUCAUGUUUGGGACGAUAUCUAUUUGCUACAAAACGUUGUUAUUGCAUACUUUCACGGGUACCUUUUUUCGAGUUGCAUUACGGUGUGUUGAAAAGUAUAUUCAUGGAAGAAAGAUUGGAACGCUUAACAAAAAAUAUAUGUGUCUUAAAUUUGGAAGGGUCAGAUGCCAUAAACAAGAUAGAUGGCUUAGAAGAAACUGGAGGAGUGUCACCAAGUUUUGUCUCAGAGGAUGUAUCAGGUUCUUGUGGAAAUACUUCUUCCGCCAGAAUAACUGAUGCAGGAACACACCCGAUCCACUCUAAUCUUGAAGGAAUGUCUUCAUCUUUGAGAGGUGAUACUGAAGACUCUCUUACAAACACAAGUAAUGAUACCCUUGAAUCUGAUAAAGAGCCAUCCGUAGCCGAACGGAGUUCUGAAACAAGCUAUGUGGAUAUUGGUAGUUCCGAUAUGAGCAAGCCAAUUGUGGAAAAAUCUGUACCAGCUGCCAUUUGGCCACUGCUCCGAUACCAACAUUUUGACAGCUCUGAACUUUCCUGUAGUCAGGGUUCUCUUUUUGAAGACAGAAACUUUAGGAGUGAAAUUGACGAGACUGAUCAAGAAGAAACAUCUAUCUCUGGCCAGGGAGAUUUUAGCAACCAUUGUGACAUACUUGAGUGGGCUAAGGCAAACAAACAUGGGUCUUUGCAAAUUAUAUGUGAAUAUUACAAGCUUGAUUUUCCGCCAAGGGGUUCAACAAUAAUUUUCCAUCCACUUGAGUAUUUACACCCUCUGGAGUUUCAUAGACCUCGUCAAAGAGAACUUUAUGUUUCAGGCUCACCGCUUGAUCUGAGAUCAUGUAAGACAAGCCUUGAGAUGGUAGAGGUACUAAAUGAGUUAGUAACCGAGGAGGAGGCUUUAUUUUUAUCAGUGGUGACCAUUUCAUGCCUCUGUGGUUUUCUAAGGCUUGAGCAUGUGUUAACAUUGUUUGCUGGAGCCCUGCUAGAGAAACAAAUUAUAUUUGUUUGUCCUAAUUUGGGAAUGCUGUCAGCCUCUGUUCUCUCACUUAUUCCUUUGUUACGUCCCUAUCAGUGGCAAAGCUUGUUAAUGCCGGUUUUGCCCAAUGAUAUGCUUGAUUUUCUCGAUGCACCAGUGCCGUACAUAGUUGGUGUACAAAGCAGGUCUUCCGAAGUGAACUCAAAGUCAACAAAUGCCAUAUUAGUAGACAUCAACAGGAAUCAGGUGAGAUCACAAUCUAUGCCACCACUGCCUCAACAAAGGGAAUUACUAGCAUCUUUGGCUCCUUAUCAUUCUAAGCUUGUCGGAGAAAGCUAUUUGGGGAAGAAGCGAUCCAUUUUUGAAUGUACAGUUGGACAGGUCAAAGCUGCCAAAGGUUUCACUGACGUCUUACGGGAUUACUUAGACUCCCUUUGCUCUAAUCUUCGUUCUCACACUAUAACUAAUGUACAAUCCAAUGAUGAUAAGGUAUCGCUGCUUUUAAAGGACAGCUUCAUAGACUCCUUUCCUAGUCGUGAUCGACCAUUUAUGAAGCUAUUCAUCGACACACAACUAUUCUCCGUACAUACAGAUUUCGUACUUUCCUUCUAUCAGAAAGAUUAAAGACACAAAAAUGGUAGUAUCAUAUCGUGAAACCCCUUUUUACCGCGGAAGUCUCAAGUUUAUAAAUGCAUACAUCAAAUGUAAAUAUUGUUGUAAGAAAAUUUUUUUGUAAUAUAGCGCGGUUAUAAGAUCUUUUAGAGGGACAUGGAAGAAGGAGACCGAUAGAUCGCUUUCGAAUCAUCAAGAGGACUUUCACUAAAGUAGAUCUUGUACCUGUUAGGGUUCCAUGUUUCCUUAGUGGUGAGUUUUGAGCAUCUGUAUUUGUGGUCCAUAAAAACCCAAUUGAGCUGGAUAUGAAGUUUUGGACCACCAUUUCUCUCAUCAUUGUUAACACAAAAUGGCUGUCUUCCUCUUAGGAGCAACUUUCUUUGUUGGUGUCUGGACACUGGACUCUGGAGGAGUGAGAAAACUCGAGCACAUAUUAAUAUAUUAUCAGUUUAUUUUUUUACAUUUUACAUUUGUUUUCCUUGUUUUAUUCCAAUGGGGUGUAAGAUUUAUAAUUCAUCAGUUUUGUAUUAUAAUAGACUUUAGUCGAACGACUUAUAAGAUCAUAUGCACUUAUCUAUGUGAAGUUGUAGAUUACGUUUGCUGCAAUGAUCAAUUAGAAACAACAUCUUUGUUAAAGUCGUGUACAAUGGUAUUGAAUAAUGAAAUGCUGAUAUUAUAUAUACUAUGUAAUUAUUAUUAUUAUCAUAUACAGUGUAUUCUGCUCAUAGAAAACUAUGAUUAGAGUGAUUUAGCAUAUUUUUGUAUGAAAUAUUGAAAGUUUUUUCCAGUUUUAUGGUUGUUUUUGUAAGCUUAGAAUAUUAUUACUGCGUUUUCCUGCAGAGUUUAGCUGCUAUAACGAAUGUGACUGUUUUGUCUUAAUCUUUGCACGUUUAUGUUUGAUGACUUGCACGUGUGGGCUAAAUGCUGCAUAAUUGAAGCUCUUACAGGCUACAGUCCUAUUAGGACUCAGGACUCACUACAGUAUUUGUUUAUUGAUUGUGUCUUCUUUUGUAAGCCCUGAAACACAGUCUACUAAUUUAUAUAUAGCCUUUGUUUUAAAGUUUUAACAUUGGAAAACUUGUUGUAUUUCCUCAUAUACAAACAAAUUAUAUAGGA